UUUGUGGGAAGAAGCCGAGAAGAACAUGAGAUGAAUUGGGCUGAGAACAUCUCAGUUGCACGUGAAGAUUUUUCAGGAGACGUUCAUGAGGCCAAACACAGCCAGCCUGACAGGACACCAGCCUGGGUCCCCAGCAUCAACAGCAGCUUUGGUAAAGAUGUGUAUCAUUACACAGGACAGGAUAUUGUCAUUCACGAGUCCAUAGAUUCCUUUGGAGCUGUAAUGUGGCCGGCGGCACUGGCUCUGUGCUCCUUUCUCGACAACAACAGGCACAGAGUGGACCUACAGGGGAAGAAGGUGCUAGAACUGGGAGCCGGAACUGGACUGGUCUCCAUUGUGGCCAGUUUGUUGGGAGCUGCAGUUACAGCGACAGACUUACCUGAGGUGCUGAGUAACCUCAGGUCAAAUGUGAUGAGGAACACUACGGGGCGUUGCAGGUUCACACCCACUGUGGUGGCGCUGCCCUGGGGGGGUGACAUGGAGCACACCUUCCCCACAUCGACGCAUCGGUUCGACUAUGUUCUUGCAGCAGAUGUGGUUUACCAUCAUGACUUCCUGUUUGAGCUUCUGGCCACCAUGAAGCACUUCUGUCAGCCAGGGACCACCUUGAUCUGGGCCAACAAGGUCAGGCUGGAGUCUGACCUCACAUUCACAGAGAAAUUUAAGGAGGCCUUUAAGACAAGUUUGCUGGAUGAAGAUGAAGAGAUGAAGAUCUACAUGGGAAGAUGCAGAGACAUGGACAACUGACUGA